UUUUUCAGUCAUCAUCAUCGAUGGCGUGGAUACGUCUGAGAUGACUCGAGAAAAACUCGAACAAUUUAUUCUUAGAGUAAAAGACGAAUUAGAUAAAGAGAGAGAAGAAAGAAACCUCUUUCAGUUGGAGAGAGAUAAAAUUCGCACAUUUUGGGAAAUAACAAGGCAGCAACUAGAUGAGGCUAGAGCUGAAUUGAGAAAUAGAGAAAGAGUGACAGAAGAAUCGCAAGAACAGAACGAGGCACUACUAGAAACAGAGAAACAGAAAAUAAAGCAUUUGAAAUAUGAACAGCAAGCCGCAGCAGCUGCAUUGAGAGCUGAAAAUUUAGUCGCACUUAAAGCCGCCAAAGAAGAGCAUGGUGAACAGGAACUGGAACUCCUAAAUGAUAAAAGAGCCCUACGAAGAGAGAUAAAAGAAAAACAAUUAGCCGCUCAAGAUGAGUUGAGAAGAGCUAAAUUGACGCAUGCUGAAGAGCUCUCCAAAACUAGGGCACAUUUUGACGAAAAAGCACGACAGAUUGAGGAUAAAGCGGAUAAGAAACUUCAAGAAACCAAAAUGGAGUUAACGAUCAAACAUAGAACAGAGAUAGCAGAAGUAGAAGAAAGGAAAAAUAAGCAAAUGUCAGAAUUGAUUGCUCAUCACGAGAGAGCGUUUUCGGAUCUGAAAAACUACUAUAACGACAUCACAUUGAACAAUUUAGGUUUGAUAAGCAGUUUGAAACAACAAAUGGAGGAAAUGCAGAAGGUAAAAGAGCGAGCAGAAAAGAUCGCACGCGACGCUGUGGCCGAAUCCAAGGGUCUGAGGGAGCCCCUGGAAGCUGCCAUCGUUGACAAUAAGGAGCUCAAGCGGCAGAUGGCCAAUUACGAUAGGGACAAAGCGGCUCUUGCUGCCAAGACAAAACAGCUAGCAAUUCUGGAGAAGCAGUACGAGGUCCUGAAAUGGGAGUAUGAGGUGAUUCAAGUGCGGUUCGAGCGCGUGCUCGCGGAGCGCGAUGAGCUUAAGACGAGGUUCUCCAGGGCUGUCUUGGAGGUUCAACAGAAGGCUUCCAUGAAAACUGCCUUGUUAGAAGCCAAGCUGAAUGACAUGUAUGGACGAGAUAAGGCGCCGAAGGAGCUGCAUGAGCUUUUGAAAUUUAAAGACACACAAGUAGAGGACCUUCGCUACGAAGCAGCGCGUUUACGGAAAGCUCACGAUGACCUUCUGGCAGCCUAUGAAGCUAAAUUGGCCAAACUGGGCGUACCGGCCGAGGAACUCGGUUUCAAACCACUUAAAGCUGUAGCUGUGGCAGGGUUAUCCCCUGUAAUAGGACAAGGACCUGCCGGGCUGGUCACCAAAGAUCAAAUAUAAUCAAAGGUUGUGUUGGCAUUUAGACACUCGA